AGAGCCCGGUAUGCCCGGCCAGAAUGGAGGAGAAGGAUCCAGGGGACCCAUGGGACCUAAGGGUGAGAAAGGAACAAAGGGCGAUAAAGGAGAACCUGGUGUAGGUGACAGAGGAGAGCAAGGCCCACCCGGCCCCAUCGGUCCAGCCGGCAUGCCUGGUUACGGCAAAGACGGAAGCCCGGGAGCCGCGGGAGCCCAGGGAGAGCCAGGAAACCCCGGCCCCCACGGCCAGCCCGGACCUCCAGGUCCUCCCGGCCAGUGCGACCCCUCCCAGUGUGCCUACUAUGCCAGCCUGGCGCAGAGACCCCACACCAAAAACGUGAAGGGGUCUUAAAGAAGAAGAGACACACAGAGCCGGCAGUCCGGCUGUAUUUAUGAACUUGGUCGUGUCAGUCUGAAUCAAGAACUUUUUCUUUUUCAAGCUAACCUCAGUACGGAGGGCUGAAGCAACAGGUGCUGCCGGUCAGAUUCUUUGUUUUGUUUUUGUUACGAAGCUUGGGAUGGAUGGGGGUUGAGCAACGCAGGACUUUUUUUUUCCGGAUCUAUUGUGGGCUACAGAGGGCAGCUAAACAGUUUUUCUCCUUACUUGCAUGCUCCUUGUAACAUACAGAUACCAAGGAUGGUGCAACACCCAACCCCCCAACAGGAGUGAAGAUUUGGCAGUCUGAUAUUCUAUCAUUUCAUCAGUAAUUAUCUCAAACCUUCAGCCGGGCGUCUUCCUGCCUUCCUGCCUCACGCCGUUUUGCACCAGUUACAGCUGCACCACGUCAGUCACUAAAUCCAUCUCUGGCUCGGGAUCUUCUACCAGUCAGAUGGUGAUUACUCAGUCAAGGGAAUUAUCCGUUAUACUGUCAUUGAUGGGAAAAGUGGGGGCAGACAGUGCGAGGCAAACACCAGCAGGGGUUUUGUGUGGGAGGACAAUUAAUGAGUUUGUCUGGGGAGUGAUGAAUGUCUACAUUUGUACACUUUUUUGCCUCCAAGCCGGUAGCAGUGUUAUUAUGUGGCCUUAUUUUGGGCAGUAUUGGCAUCCUAGAACAGGCAGAAAAAUAAAACAAGUUUUAGAGAAAUCCACCCCUCAACAAAUUGGCUUUAUUUAUUAAAAUGAACAAGUCUGAUAUGUUUAGACGUGAAGGAAACCAUUGUUGUUGAGUUUUUUUCGGGGGAAUAAACUGGAGGCGGCAGAAACGUCCUCACUGUCACAACUCAUAAAUUAGCAUCCCAGCAACAGGGGAGAGAUUUGAAGGGUUUCAUUUCAAAAUCUAUGCUUCUUUUUGUGUAAAACAAUAGAUAUCAGAUUUAUUAGAAAAAGGAAAUAAUUUAAAUUUGCACACAAAUCUGCCCAAAAUACUGUGCAUGCCAUGUUCUGAUUUGUUCCAGACUCACCCAAAGGAUUCCUCCCAAACCGGAGUUUAAAGGCAGCAGACGUCAAGACAGGAAAAAAUGUCAUCGCUGGAGUUGUACUUUCAUGUUUAAUGAAGUGGCUCUUGUCAUUCUCUCUCUCGGAGCUAUGCAUAGACCUGAGUAGCAAACAGCUUUGAGGAGGUGGUAUAAUUGCAGCCUUUGUUCACCUUUCUUGAAAAGCUGCCUGUUUCACACUGCUUCCUCUAAAUGUGCCACUUCCUCGGUGUUCGGUGAGGCUUAUUAAGUGCCUGCGCUGUGGCAGCGACCGGGCAGCUCAGCCUUGCUCUGAAAACACAUUGCUUUUCUUAUUUGUCCCCUGAAACCUAAAAUUGGGAGACCUGCUUUCCUGCAUCUUGAUGACCAAACCAUUGUGGUAGCCAUUUGAAAGAUGCUUUGCCUUCACGUCCCUCAUGGACCAAUUAUACUUCUCCCUAACCUCAGACUUCCUGGUCAUCUAGAACCUGUUAAGUAGCCUCCACUAAAGGUGUCACAUCCAUCUUCCUUUCAGAAACAUGAAGAAACACAUCAGUGACCGCUGCAGGAAGUUUGAGUGCAAAAUUUGUAGAAAGCAACAUAAAAGUUUUUGUGAGCUUGCCAAACUGUACAAUAUGACUCACUAUAAUAUGGCCAGUCGUACUUUUCAUCCUUUGCUCAGGUUACUUAGUGGAAGGUCAUUCAUGAAGAAUGUGAAGGUGCCACUCUGACACCGGUUAGUUUUUGCGGUGUUGGUUAAAGCGGACUGGAGUUUUCAGGCUGGCCAACGUUUCUCAGGCUGUUCUGGAGGCACACGUUAUUUCACAUGUUGAGUUAAAGCAACACGAGUCAGUGAAACAGACUCGUCCUAAAUUUGAUCCAUUUCAUUUGCAUUUCCAUGAAUGUACAAACUGUUUUCAUUCUGGUUUACUAAUUACUAGUUGUAUCCCAAAAAGUUGUUUGUUGUUGGGAAUGAAAAUUGUAUUGAACAUAUCAUUUGUCUUGGACAUACCAGCAGUAUUCAUAAUUGGCUCGUGCAUAUUUGUAUAUUGAAUUUUUUAACAUUUAAUAGCUCGACUUGCAGAUAUCCACAUUGGCAUUCUUCCAGGACAAAUAAUGUCACCUUUACGGGUUUCUCAUUUCAAAUUCUCAUUAAAAUGCAGCUGCAGAUAUUCACAAUUCACAUUGCAGACAUCUGCACCUGAAUUAUUUCCAGUUGUCAGAUAUCUACAAUUUAAUUCUGACUAGUUGAGAUAUCCUAAAUGAACCAGUCAGAAUGAUCGAAUAGACGUCAGACUGGAAUUCUGUCCAAACAAAAUGUAAUUACAAAUAUCUUUAAUUAAAGUUUUGACUGCGUGAAAUUAUACUGCAAAUAUCUGUAGUUAGAUCACAGGCUCCUGCAAGUGAGGAAAAAGUUUUUUUUCAGCGUAUUGUGAGACUGCAUGUCGCGUAGUUUUACCACCAAGUCUGAGCCGUUGAAGUCUUGAAUGAAUGUUCUUCAAAAAACUUCAGCUCUUUGUAUUUUGGGGCAAUUUCUACCAAUCUCAUACGUCGCAACAGCAGCUGUUAUGUCUGCAUCCAUCAUGCACAACAUUUCUGCCCAGUAAUAACGACAUUUAAGAUAUCUGCAGCUAUUAUUCCAACUAGUCCAAAGUGAACUGCAGGUAUCUUUAACUGUCAUUUUGACUGGUUAGUGUGACGUUGUAGAUAUCUAGAAUUUAAAAAAGACGAGUAGUCAAAAUUACAUUACUGUUGAUGUUAAUUACUAGAUGCUCACGUUCAGGUAUUAAAUGUUAAAACAGCUCAGUGUACAACAAAAGUAAAUAUUUGCAAGAAGAUGAUUAAGUCUUACAGAUAAACAACACGAGGUCGGCCAUCUUGCUUUGUUUCCCCAACUAAAAAUAAAAAGCAGAAACAUGCAGUUGAUGUGGGGAUGAAAUAGUUCUGCAACAAAUUGGUGAAAAUGCAGGCCCACGACAUCACUGGUUUAGAAAAAGUAGAAUAUCACUAUCAGUGGUGGCCACAGCUUUACUUGGCCUCGUAUGUUGAUAUUCACUUUAAAGCAAACCUUGUUACUGUUGAGUUCUUUGAAAUUUUUAAAGAAAGUAGUCGUAAAUGUGAACCUAAAAUCAAAUGAAUUUGACCUACUAUUCAUUAUUUCCUGGUCAUGUUGAGGCUCGGCUAACUAACUGGCUUAUAAAACUCCAUCAUGGCCGUAUAUAUAUAUAUAUAUUUGCUUUUACAUCUUGACUUUCUGAUGUUUCAUUAGAGCGGUCGUUUCCUUUGAGGUUUAACUCAUUAGAUGUUCGUUGCCUUCAGAGCAGCUCUGAGCGGAUGUUGGUUGGCUGCGGUACAUGUCGGCUCCUUUCUUCAAAGCGACGCAGAGCAGCUUUAAACGCAGUCAAAUGUAAAUGUACAGUAUGUUCAGAAACACGUUUAGUCCUAAACGACCUUUCUACCCUUUAGUACAUCUCUUAGCUAUUUCUCUAUCAGCGGUUUACUAUUGAAGAGUAUUUUGUGGUUUUGUAAAUGCUUGUUACAGUCACACCAGCAGACUUUGCGUUACAGGGUGGGACGCACACAGCUUCACGUUUGUAACGCGUAAAGGCCGGACUUUUAAGUUAUACUGCUAAAUUAUUCAUGAUUUGAAUAAAUACAAAUGUGUUUGAAAGUAUUAAGUAAAAUUUAUUAACCCUUUUCCCAUUUUUUUUAAAUUUUUUUUCCUGAUAAAUUGGUGCUAAGAUAUUUUAAAAUAGUAGCAUAUUGUAAGUAUUGGAAAGACACCUGUACUGUACUGUAUAAUAAAGACUGGAACAGAUUCAUUUUAUAAUA